CAUUUCGUGUACCCUCUUAGUAAAAAGAUUAGAAGGUACGAGUAUGGACUGAAUUUUCUUAAAAAGGGUAGUUUGGAGACACCACAGCGGUUACUUAAUGUUAUUAAGCAACGCUCCAGUGACGAUGUAUUUCUCUUUUCCGGUGCCUUACCUGCUAUGAUAAAGCAAACACCAGUGGUUCUUUCAGAAACAUUUGACAUAACAAAACCUUUUGGUAAGUGGAAACUCUUUUUUCGGGAUCCUCCAUUUAAGUAUUACACUCAUACUAUGGCCUCUGCCAGUGAUUUCUAUGAUAAGUCUCUUUCCAAUGAAACGUUACAAUUGGUAAGAGGGCUAUACAGCAGUGUACAGUACCAUUCGCCUCAACCUCCAAUGUAUGUGGUGGCAUUCCCUAACGCCGUGAUAUCCGUUGGUCAUGCUAUAACAUGUGAUGGAAGUGUAUACACGGCUGGAGGAUGUGUAAAGCGCUGGUAUCUCCCAGACAUUAGUGAGAGUGAACAAAUUGACUGGCGUGUGGUUGCAAUUCCCCUCUGUGAUGAGUGGUGCAGAGUAUAUUUCCAUUUUACCCAUGAGCACCUGCCCCGUUUGGUACCUGUUUAUAAAGUACUAGUGGAGCGUGAGGAUGCCGUGUUGGUGCUUCAAGCAGGAUUUAAGGAAUUUCAGACACAGUGGUUGACAGAUGUGCUGGGCAUACCUUCCUCACGUAUAUUAUACAGCAAAAUUCCUGUACAUGGACGUCUUGUUUUGUAUCCAAUGCCUGAUGUAUGUGCUGUUGUGUUUUCGCAUCUCUUGUAUACGAUGCGUGGUAUCGUUUUUAAACGACUGCAUUUGACACCACCUCCUCCUGUAAAUGAACGAAAACUUCACUUAUUUUUUGCUGAACGACAAGGACUGUCCCGAAUGCCAACAAACUACUAUGGUUUGAAGGAAAAAAUAAUUCUUGAAUAUAACGAUGUGUUUACAUUUAGUGAUAAUGCUGUUGAUAUGAAUGUAUCAGAGCAGGUUCGAGCCUUUUACCGUGCAGACAUUGUUUUGGGUCCCCACGGUGCUAACCUUGCGAACCUUAUGUGGAUGCGCAAUGGCACACAUUUGAUAGAGAUUAUGUCGUAUAUCGAUGGAAACAUGUGCUACCACACUACAGCAAGCAAAGUCAAUGUAACACAUCACAUUGUCUUCCAUAACGCGACGAAAAAUGGCCGGUACCUUCUUGAAUAUGAUUAUCUCAAGCGUCACAUUGACUUUGCCAUCAACGCAUUUAAGAAAAACUAA